AUGGAUAACAUACAUGAUAUCACACAAGGGAUGCACGAAUUGAAAUUUGGAGAGAUGGCAGGAUCUUUUCCUCAGGAAAUCAUACAAGAGAUCCUAAUUAGGUUGCCCGUUAAAUCUAUGGUCAAAUGCACCUCAGUGUGCAAGGCAUGGAAGUCCAUGAUCAUAAACCCAAGCUUUAUCCGCACCCACCUCAGCCCAACAGUCGAUGACGUUCACCUCCUACUCCACAGAGUUUCUGGUUUGGAGGUGACCACCUUACUCGGCAAAACGGUCAUGGACAAGGUAGAUGACGAGGUUCACUCUGUGCAUUAUGAUAACCAGGCUUUCGAUGAGUACGCCAAGAUAGAAUUUACAAUUCCUCGAAAGCAAGAACUGUGGAACUCACAUCUUCGUGUGGUCGGCAUGUGUGACGGGCUAUUCUGCCUUGCGGAUGAUAUCUACCGUUAUGGUUACAACUUCUUUAUAUGGAACCCAGCCAUUAGAAAGUUACUGACCCUUCCCAAGCCUAAAGUUAGAUUUGUUACACAUCGUGGGUACGAUGCCUCAAUUGGAUUUGGUUUUGAUGCUAUGACCAAUGACUAUAAGGUUGUGAGAGUUGUCACUCUAUUGGAUCAACGUGGGACACCAACUCUUGCUGAGGUUUAUUCCCUGGCCACCGGCACAUGGAGCAGUCUUGGUUGUGUUUCUCCUACAUGUCUAACAGAUGGACGCGCAUCCAGUGCUUUUGUUAAUGGGGUUCUUCAUUGGCCUGUAUUCUGCAAAACAAAUGGUGGUCUUUACUAUUUUAUAUUGACUUUUGACCUGGGCAAGGAGGUCUUCCGUAAGAUACCUAUGCCGAAGAUUAUCCAAUGGAAAUAUGACUUGGGUUUGCGAUUGUCUGUUUCAGAUAACAGAAAAUCUAUCGCUCUGUUCAUUAUGGAUAACAGGUGUGAAGAUUCUUUUCUUGAGAUAUGGGUGAUGAAAGAGUAUGGCAUAAAGGAGUCAUGGACCAAACUGAUUUUCCUUGGUCCACAAGGUCCAGAAAGACUUUUACCCUGGGCCUUAUAUUUUAGGAAGAGUGGUGAAGUACUGGUGCUUCUCACUAACAAAUCAAGGCAGGAACUAGUAUCACUAGACCUUGUGAGCAAACAGUUUAAAAAUCUUGGGGAUUUCUGGAUAUCAAUAUUGCAAUGUUGGUUUUUAUAA